UAGUAUUUGAUAACAAUAAAGUUUAAUACAAGGAUGUGCAUAUUUUUGCGAUUUGACGACAUAUAGGGACAUGAUGCUAGUUUGAGCUAAAUAACAAUGGAUACAAUGAGUCUAUAAAUAUAAACAAUAGAUACCUUGAUAAUACAUAUAGAUAUAUGGAUGGUUCAUGGAGCUGAACCACACGGCGGAAACAAUGCUGUUGAGGUAGCCUAUCAGACCCGCCUCCUGGAUGUGGAAGGUCACACCACCGGAAGAAGGUCAUAAGUAUUGCAUUCAAGAUGGCGGCCCCCUUGUGCCAGUGUUAUCAGAUAUGUGUAAGAAGAGGCUUGGUAGCCUUCCCUUCAUCUUACCUGCUCCUUCACAACAGACCCAAUGUCUACAGGAUACGAGGGAUCCCCACAUGCUCCUCACAGGUGCCUCAGUCAGCCCUCCUGCAGGUACGGUACCUGUCAGGUGAGAGAGGUGGUGGCAGAAAAGGUUUCCUGGGGGAGUUUCUGGACAACCUUAAGCAGGAGCUUAACAAGAACAAAGAAAUGAAAGAAAACAUCAAGAAGUUCCGCGAAGAGGCCAAAAAACUGGAGGAGUCGGAUGCGCUGAAACAAGCCAGAAGGAAAUAUAAAACUAUAGAGUCCGAAACAGUGAAGACAUCCGAAGUUCUCAAGAAGAAGCUGGGAACCAUCUCUGAAACAGUUAAAGAGGGUCUAGAGGAGGUCAGUCGCACAGACAUUGGGAAAAAAAUCAAGGAGGGAAUGGAAGAAGCAGCCAAGACAGCUAAAACCUCUGCAGAGAGCGUCUCUAAGAGUGGAGAGAAGUUGGGCAAGACCGGCGCCUUCAAAGCAAUAUCACAGGGCAUGGAGAGUGUGAAGAAAGAGAUUGGUGACCUGGGGCACACUGGCCCUUAUCGACCUCCCACCAGACUCAGGAAGAGGAGUGAAUUCUCCUCAAAGGGGGCAGGGGAUGAUGGCAAGGUCUUCGAAGCCAACGAGGAAGCUAUGGGUGUGGUGCUCCACAAAGACUCAAAAUGGUACCAGCAGUGGAAGGACUUUAAAGACAACAACGUGGUCUUCAACAGGUUCUUUGAAAUGAAGAUGAAGUACGAUGAGAGUGACAACGCCCUCAUCAGAGCAACUCGCGCUGUCACCGACAAGAUGACUGACCUCAUAGGUGGGCUGUUUUCUAAAACGGAGAUGUCUGAAGUACUGACAGAGAUUUUGAAGGUGGACCCAUCCUUUGACAAAGAUUCUUUCCUCAAGCAGUGUGAAACAGAUAUCAUCCCCAACAUUCUGGAAGCGAUGAUAAGAGGGGAGCUGGAAGUACUGAAGGACUGGUGUUAUGAAGCGACAUACAGCCAGAUGGCACACCCAAUUCAGCAGGCCAAGGCCAUGGGACUUCAGUUCCACUCUAAGAUCCUGGACAUCGACAGUAUUGAUUUGGCCAUGGGGAAGAUGAUGGACCAGGGUCCGGUGCUGAUCAUCACUUUCCAGGCUCAAUUAGUUAUGGUGAUCCGAAACCCCAAAGGAGAGGUGGUGGAGGGAGACCCUGACAAAGUUAUCAGGAUGAUGUACGUGUGGGCUCUGUGUCGAGACCAGGAGGAGCUCAACCCAAAUGCUGCCUGGAGACUACUUGACAUCUCUGCCUCUAGCACUGAACAGAUCCUCUAAGACUCUUUGAGAUGUACAAAAACACUCUCAGCCUGCUAGAGAACAUACUGUACCUGAAGGGGCCCUGUAGCAGACUGAGAAGAAAGCUGGCAGGGGAGGAAAGCACAUGGAGAUGAGGGGACAGACAAGUGGGACAUGGGCUCACUGCACAACGGAAACAUUGUGGAGUUGUCCUGCUAGAUGCUAGGUGCUGCACUCUCAUUUUUUUGUUUUACACUUGCUUUGGUUUCAAUUGCUGCAAUCCCUGGUAUAUGUUUGAAUGCCUAACUAUUCCUCAGGCUCACACUAGGGGGCGGUACACCACCAACAACUCACAUCCACUGUGCCCUGUGCAGUGUCUAUACUGCUGUUCAUUAAUUGAAACUGCCUCUUGACAGUUAAGGGAUGAAUUAUAUUAUUUAACUUUAGUUAAUCGCUGUCAUUAUGAAUUUCAUAAAAGAAAACGUGGAAAUUAAGGGAGCUGAUUUGUAACUGAGCCCCUGAACAUCAGGUUGGUGUUAAAAGACAUCUUGGCCACCGUCAGUCCCUUUUACUCCAUCUCCUGUCUGAGGCGUAAUUAUCUCAGUGGUUGGUGGCCAAUCAGUGCUCUCUUAGGUCAUUGUUUGUAUGAUAAUUGUCUGAUGUAAUUGUUAAAUUUGUGAGAAAGUCUAUAUUUAUUAUGAAAAAUAAAGAUGACCCCUGUUUUUGACACUAGCAGACAUUUUAAAAAACAAUUUUCUAUCAGCUAUUUUUUACCUUCUACCCUGCAAAUGGUUGAGAUUCUCUCCUGAUCUGGGAAUAUUUGCAAAUGAUGGUUUUUGAAUUAAAUCCUCUAAUGGGAUUUCAGUGUUUGCUGUAAUAUUUCCUUUGGGGGGAAAAAAAUGCUGCUUCAGACUGAUUUUUAUACAGUUGUAUUUUCAGAGCAGAGCUGUAGCACUCAUUUGCUAUGAGUGACACUUAGCUGCCAGAAUUUAGUGAAAAUGAUUGAAUAAGUUUGACAGCGUCCUUGGUCUGGGAGACACCCAGGAACACGAAGCUCAUCUCUUACCUGCACCAAUUUAGAAUAAAAUUAAGCUUUGUCUUUACCUCAAUGCACAUCCAGCUCUCAGUAAUGACAUUAACACUUAGUGCCAUCGUACACUUCUGUUCUGUCCGCAGCUCUCUGAUGACACAAUGACCUUCAGUGUUGUGGAUUAUAAGUCACAGUACAUGUGUGUAAUGUGCUGUGUCGUCUCUCUGCAGUCCAGAGCCAUGUGGCUGACAACUCAAGCCUCAUCUCCUGGACAAAAAAAUGGAACUUAGUUUGCGAAUGCUAACUGGCACGCAUUUCACUAAAUGUCACCAAUAAACUAUUGGACAUCA